UCGUGCAGGCGCGUCAUCAGGCAGCCUCACGUGGGGUCCUUCAGACACCCGGAAGCGCGCCGGUGUUUACAGUCGAGGGAGGAACACGUGUGUGAUGAUCUAUGUGUGUGAGCAGCUGAGAGAUACACACAUCAUGAGAGUCGUUGCGCUGAUCAGCGGAGGGAAGGACAGCUGUUAUAACAUGCUGCAGUGUGUGUCUGCUGGUCACUCUAUCGUGGCUCUCGCGAACCUCAUGCCUCACACACACGCUCCGGAUGAGCUGGACAGCUACAUGUAUCAGACGGUGGGUCAUCAGGCCGUGGAUCUGUACGCCGAGGCCAUGGGUGUUCCCCUGUACAGGCGCACUAUCGAGGGCUCCAGUCUGCACACGGAGAGAGAAUACAGCCAGACCGAAGGAGACGAGGUGGAGGAUCUCUACCAGCUGCUCAAGCUUGUGAAGGAGAAGGAGUGUGUUGAGGCCGUGUCUGUGGGGGCCAUUCUGUCCGACUACCAGAGAGUACGUGUGGAACAUGUGUGUGUGAGACUGCAGCUCCAGCCGCUGGCGUACCUGUGGCGCCGAGACCAGGCCGAGCUGCUCCGAGAGAUCAUAUCCAGUGACCUGCACGCCGUCCUCGUCAAGGUGGCAGCGUACGGCCUGGAUCCAGAGAAACAUUUAGGAAAAUCCCUGGCGGAGAUGGAAGCGUAUCUGCACGAGCUUUCAGAGAAGUAUGGAGUUCAUAUCUGUGGAGAAGGAGGCGAGUAUGAGACCUUCACCGUUGACUGUCCGCUCUUCAAGAAGAAGAUCGUCAUUGACUCGAUGGAGACGGUCAUCCACUCGGCCGAUGCCUUCGCUCCUGUUGGAUACCUGCACUUCACACGCAUGCACACGGAGGACAAGAGAGAAGCCUCUGGAGGACGGCCGCUGCCUCUGUCUAGAUGUCCUUGCCAGAACACCAUUGACAGAAUGACAGAAGAGCUGGAGUAUGCUGAGAAAACUCCAGACGUCCAGGGAGGAUGUCCAUCAGGCGCUGAGCGCAGUUGUCAGCCGGAGCCGGGUGGUGUGUCCUCACACUCGUCCAGGAGUUCCUCAGGUUUCCAGUGGAUAUCCGGUCUAACAGCGCUUCAGUCCGAACACCCAGACGUCCAGAGCCAAACCCGGCACGUCUUCACACUCCUCCAAAGGCAGCUGCAGGAGAGAGGUCUGCUGAUCAAGCACGUGCUCCUGGUUCAUCUCUACGUGAGUGACAUGGAGAACUUCAGUCAGAUCAACUCUGUGUACUGCAGCUACUUCCCUCUCAAUCCUCCGGCCAGGGUGUGUGUCCAGACGAGGCUCCCGGUCUCUCAGCAGCUGCGGAUGGACGUUCUGCUUCACGACGGGACGCUGGCCAGCGAGGAGGACGCCUCUCCUCAGAGAGACACGCUUCACGUCCAGAGUCUGUCCCACUGGGCCCCGGCCAACAUCGGGCCCUACAGUCAAGCUGUGAAGGUGCGGGAGGCGGUGUUCUGUGCUGGACAGAUCGCUCUGGUGCCCUGCUCCAUGCAGCUGGUGAACGGGCCGGUGGCUCUCCAGGCCCGGCUCUGCUUCAGUCACAUGGAGAAGGUUCUGCGUGCAAUGGACUCCAAACUCACACUGGCUCACGUGCUGCAGGCGCACAUCUACAUCACCCAUCGUGACCACGCCGCGGCCGUCACAGAGGCCUGGAACAGAGCACUACAGGACGCCCAGAGUUGUUUGUCAAGAGGAAAUAUUUCUGUAAAACAGGAGGAGUGUGAGGCAGCGGUGCGGGUGGAGAGCAGUGUUGUGGUCGUGCCGUCGUUACCCAGAGGAGCAGCGGUGGAGCUACACGUCACAGCUGUGCAGGACCGUCCCACAGACAGAUCGUCUCAUCCCAGCGUCUCACAGAUCCACGGAGGAAGCGUGGAGGGCCGUCUGCUGCGGUCCAGCUGUGCUCGAUACGCCUCUCUGUCCCUCAGCGUGAGUGUGAGCGAUCCUCCCGCAGCGGCCGAGAGCGUCACCCAUCAGCUGCUGUCCUCAUACCACAGCGCUCUUCAGCAGACCAGCGCUCUCUCUGCCCUGUGUGCCAGAGUCUUCUACAAGAGACACCACGCGCUCGCCUCACAGAUCGCCACAGGGCUGGAGCAGCGCUGGAGCGGUGCACUCGGUCCUGCUGUGGCUCUGGUUCCUGUUGAAGAUCUGCCGGAUCUGUGUGUCCUGAUCUUCUCCUGCUGGCUCAGUGUGUAGUGGAGUGAACCCCAUCCGCUCCUGUGACUGUGGAGAUCUGCUGGGGCUGAUGUCCAGCUCAGACACCUCUGGGUUUUAAAUGUGUCUUUUUAUUAAAGGGUUAACUCACUCAAA